CUGGCCCCCAGCCCAAGCUGGCCAUGGCCCUGUGCCUGAAGCAGGUGUUCGCCAAGGACAAGACGUUCCGGCCACGGAAGCGCUUCGAGCCAGGCACACAGCGCUUUGAGCUGUAUAAGAAGGCACAGGCAUCGCUCAAGUCGGGCCUGGACCUGCGCAGUGUGGUGAGGCUGCCGCCCGGGGAGAGCAUCGACGACUGGAUCGCCGUGCACGUGGUGGACUUCUUCAACCGCAUUAACCUCAUCUAUGGCACCAUGGCUGAGCGCUGCAGCGAGACCAGCUGUCCGGUCAUGGCCGGAGGGCCCCGCUAUGAAUACCGCUGGCAGGACGAGCGCCAGUAUCGGCGGCCAGCCAAGCUCUCCGCGCCACGCUACAUGGCCUUGCUCAUGGACUGGAUUGAGGGCCUUAUCAAUGACGAGGAUGUCUUUCCCACCCGUGUUGGAGUCCCCUUCCCUAAGAACUUCCAGCAGGUCUGCACCAAGAUCCUGACCCGCCUCUUCCGAGUGUUUGUCCACGUUUACAUCCACCACUUCGACAGCAUCCUCAGCAUGGGCGCCGAAGCACAUGUCAACACCUGCUAUAAGCACUUCUACUACUUCAUCCGCGAGUUCAGCCUGGUGGACCAGCGGGAGCUGGAGCCCCUGAGGGAGAUGACAGAGCGGAUUUGUCACUGACAUGGACCAGGCAUGGACCUUGUUGCUCGUCAGAUGGACCAUCUGAACACAGAGUGGCUAGGGCUGGGCACCUUCAGAAACCUGGUGGCAGAUAACACUGACAACCUGGGACCCCUCCACAUACUCAAAGCCCCUGGACUUCUGGUUCUAUGGAGUGAGCCCACAUGUCCCCCAACUACUUGUGAAUGAAAAGGGGAGAACAUUAAGGUGGACACGCAGAAAGGAAGGAGUCAACCUCUGACAUGAAGUCUGGGGGCAGGGUUGGCUAGGGAGUUUUGGCUUUGAUAUUUGACCCUUACAUAGGUGCGGCUGAGGUAAUGGUGAGACAGGAACAAGUGAGUGAGCAGUCUGUGUGUGUGCAUGUGUGUGAGUGUGAGAGAGAGAUUUUUGACUGUGGGGUGUGUUAGCUGUGAAAGUCAGAUGCCUUAGGCCCUCCCUGGCAUAAGUGGGUGGAUGGAAGGAGAGAGACUGGACCCAUCAGACUGUGGCCACUGUGGGAGUAAUGACAGGUCAGUGUCCCUGCCUGGGGUGUGUGACCAUGUGUGUAAGUGCACAAGAUGUCCUUGUAGAUAUAGCUCUAUGUUUGAACCUUCCAGGCUUUCAUCUCCUGUCAGCAUGAGUUCUGGGUUGCUGUGAGGUAGCAAAAGGGGAGCCUUGCCAUGAGUAAUUAAACCUCUGGCCCAGCAGACACAAGUUCUGAUUUGCUCGGCCAGUUCUGAUUUGCUCGGCCAGAGAUGGGUAUGAGCUGUCAUUUCACUCCUCCUUCUGCCUCCAGGAAGGCCUGAUUAUGGAGAGCCUCCUAGGGCUUGGGAUUGUCCCUCAUUUCCUGGCCCUUCAAUUGGGAAGCAUGUGCUCCUUUCUAACUCUCAGAAUCUAUAGACUUGACUCCCAGGAUCUGAAGCCCAGCAUAAGAUAAUCUUCCAACCCCAGGAGCUAGUGAGAAUUAGGAAACGCUAGUCUUGUCUCCAGUCUCAGGACGCCAAGGACCAUGUAGCUAGGGUUGGAGAGCCCCCAAUCUACAAGUAGCUCCCUCCUUCCCAACUAUCCUUGAGACAUUCCAGCUGGUUGGAUAUCAGAGAUGUCCAAGAGAAAUGGACGAUGCUUUAGCACUCCAUUACUCAGUGCCCCAGGCCCAGCCCAAUGUCCAGAGCCACAUGGGGGAAACUGAGGCAGGGUUGGACCCUCCAUUUCCAGAGCCCCCAUGAUGGGUGGCUACAGUGGAGAAUCAUCCAGUGAGGAUCAUCCAGUCUUACUCGCAGGAUCAUCCACCUACAGAGGAGGAAACUGAAGCCAAGAGAAGGCAGAAAGCGUCCAAGACCUCACAGCAAAGCUUUUCUGUGGAACUGGAAUAGAAACCAGGGAUCCUGACUCCUACCCCAAGGCCUGCAGCAUGCUACAUGGGGUGAUCACAUGUACAUGGAAAGAGGGUCUGACAGCCCCCUUCCAGGACACAGCUGUUCCUGCUUAGAGCCUGAGGCCAGUGUGCUAAGCCUUGCCUCCAAAAUGAUGCCCCUCUUUGUGGCCCAGCAGCUGCCUGACUCUGAGGAAGCAGAUGGGGCUCCUGGUCUUGGGGCUUCUGAUGGGCUUGAGACUGCUGCUUCCAGAGAACUUUCCAGAAACACACUGACCCAUCCAUUUUGCCAAAGGCUCUAGAGUGGGGGGAAUCUCAGUGGGGACUGGGGUUUGGAUGGCAGAGUCUAGGCUGUGUCAGUGCUAAUUUUGGGGGGUAAAAGGGAAGAUGAUCUAAUUUUGUGAAACAAAAGAUUUUAUUGUUAUUUUUGGUAAAAUAAA